AUGCUUCAGUCGAGACCCGUAACUAAUUUAGACAACUCUUACACCGACUACGAGAUUAUGCAUGAAUUAGAUUCAUCUCAUCCGACAGAGUUUGAGAUCAACACCCGUACCCAUUGGGGUGAGAUGUUCCCUGGUGCCUCAUCUUGGAUUGUCUUACAGUGGAUGUUUGCCAACAAAAGUGGAUUUUUGCGUCAAAACAUACAAAAUGGACUAUCGGUUGAAGAGGAUUAUAACCCGUAUAUCGAGAUAAUGGGCGUUGAAUACAAUCAACUCAUGUUUAAUUUGUCUACUGGAGGGUGGGACAUGUUUAUCGAUUACCCUGAAACUAAACCAUCACAACUAAUUGUAUUAUCCAUGUUUGGUCAUCACAUCGACGACAAGGAUGUGCUCAAUAUGUUUAAACAAAAACCGAAUAAUCCAAACAUAGAGUCGGACUUCACUGAAAUGGUUUCUUCGUGUAAUGAUGUGAUCAGCGCUGAAGUGCCCAACAGUUUGAGAGAUAUCGCGAAGUCUAUCAAAGAUAAGCAAACAUUCAAACAAUUGUCAGAUGAAGAGGCGCUACAAGUGUUAUAUAAGGGAACCGAUGAGUCGUCUCUUAAAUUCAAACAAUUUCUCGAAAGACACGGUCACAGAGGGUAUCGAGAGGUUGAUCCGAUGUAUAAGACAUGGAAAGAGGAUCCCAUUCCUUUGGUCAGUGAACUCAAGACUCCACUCUCCUAUUGGAGGAGAUUAUUGAUUCAGAAACUACUGCUUCCGUGGUGUAGACGUGGGGUGGGGUAUAGGGAACUCUCCAAAUACUUCUUGAUUUGGAUGAAUAAUCAGUACCGACAAGGCUUUAGAUUAUUAUCUCAACAAAUGGUUAACGAAGGGCUCCUUCCUUCCGCCGAAUCAUUCUUCUACUUAACCACUAAUGAAGUGGAAGCGCUCUGUAAUGGAGACAGAGAUCCCUUAAUUCUUGCGAGAGUUAGACACCGGAAAAGGCUUUACCCAAAAAUGGAUAAAUACAAGUUUGAUGAGUUUAUUAAAGGACCAGAAAUGAUACCAAGAAAUUUUGAAGAUCGAAUUAUUCCUCCAAAUCUGGGCACAGGUAUGGUUCAGAUGAAGGGAACUCCUGUUAGUAAUGGAUCCAUAAAAGCAAGAGUUUGUGUCUCUGAGGAUAUCACAGAAGCUGACAAUAUUCAGCCGGGAGAUAUACUGAUCACAUACUCGACAGACAUCGGUUGGAGUCCAUACUUCCCUCUACUGUCGGGUAUUAUCACAGAAAUCGGUGGAACCAUAUCUCACGGGGCAGUCAUUGCCAGAGAAUACGGUAUUCCGAGUCUAAUAGCAGUGGAGGGCGCGUGUCGUGCCUUCAAAACCGGAGAUAUUUGUGUUUUGGACACUCAGUCGCAGACCAUUACUAAAGUCGACGUUAAAAUAAGAGACUCGGAGACAUUGAAUUCUGUGUCCCUAACGCCUACUAAAAAGCCUUUCCUUUCUGACCACUCAAUGGGAUGUGGUGUUCAGCCCCCGAAGAAAAGCGGGCGAAUAGUCUCGGGUCAUAAGUCUUCAUUCGGGUGGUGGCCGUGGAUGGUGUCCGUCAGGCGUACCUUCUUUUUCGGGUUUGGUAAUAGUCAUAAGUGUGGGGGCGUUAUACUCAACCGCCAGUGGAUCGCAACGGCCGGUCAUUGUGUUGAAAAUUUACUUAACACACACAUAAGAUUAAGAAUAGGUGAACAUGACUUCACCAACACUUCAGAGCCCUAUCCACACGUCAAACGUGGGGUUAAGAAGAUGGUAAUUCAUCCCAACUAUAAUUAUAUCACUUAUGAGAAUGAUUUGGCGCUCAUCCAAGUGGACGAACCCAUUGACUUCGGGGCUCAUAUAAGGCCCAUAUGUUUGCCACCGGAGGACACGGAUGACCUGCCCAUAUGUUUGCCACCGGAGGACACGGAUGACCUGUCGGACAGAAACGCCACAAUCACCGGAUGGGGUCGUCUAAGCGAAGGUGGAGAGUUGGCUACGGUUCUCAAAGAGGCCAACGUUCCGAUUGUCAGUAACAAGAGGUGCAAAGAAAUGUUCAAAAGUGUCGGACGAAAUGAAGCCAUUCCCGAGAUAUUGAUGUGCGCCGGUUAUGAUAAGGGAGGACCAGAUUCAUGCAAUGGUGACAGUGGGGGCCCACUCCAGGUUCAGAAUGAUAAGGGUCAUUGGUUUCUGGCCGGGAUAAUGUCCUGGGGUAUAGGAAGAUUGCAGUACAAGACCAACAGAAUCACAACACAUGAUGUCUGGAAGGAUGAGGAGCACAACGCCGGGAUGAUGCCAUUCCCACAUGAGUGGCAUUAUGAAGUGCCCUCACAGGAGGACUCGGAGGUCGAGUACCGCAGGAAUGAGUACAGAGUUUGUGGACUCGGAGUUGAGAUAAUGUCUCCAUUCAGAAGGAAAAGGAUUAAGUUUAGGGGAUAUCUCAAGAAAAACAACAAUGAAUUAGUUUACGUUAGAUUUAGAUUCUUAUGGUAUGCGGUCUCUAGGGUUUAUGACUUCACCCAUGAUUUCGACGAUCACUUUAUGGCCAAAGAGUUGUUAUUAUCCCCGAAAUCAAAAGAAAGAAGUGAUCGGUAUUUGAGUGAAUACUGGGAACUGUGGUUCAGAAGGAGACAACAGAAGACUAACCGAAUCGUAAGGCACGACCUCUGGAAGGAUGACGUCCGGGACUCGGGUGUAGUACCGUUCCCUCAUGAGUGGGACUAUGACCUGCCCUCCAAAUUUCGCGAAAAGACUUUUAAUCAACGAAUCCGAAGGAAUGAGUACAGAGUUUGUGGACUCGGAGUUGAGAUAAUGUCUCCAUUCAGACGAAAAAGGAUUAAAUUCAGGGGAUAUCUCACGAAGAAUAACAACGAAUUGGUUUACGUUAGGUUCAGAUUCUUAUGGUAUUCCGUAUCAAGAGUUUAUGACUUCACUCAUGAUUUCGACGAUCACUUUAUGGCCAAAGAGUUGUUAUUAUCCCCGAAAUCAAGAGAAAGUAGCGAUCGGUUUGAGGACCGCUUCGAACAAUUCGGUCAAAUAAAGGGUAACUUCAAGGAAGAGAUGGAAGAGGAAAGACAGCUAUACUUCUGGGGAUCUAUUAGUAAAAAUGAAGAAAAUGCCAAAAGAGUUGAAUUAAGUGGAGGUAAAGGAAGCUCUUUAGCGGUUCUCAAGAGUUUGAGCGAAGAGUUGGUUAAAGAGAAGUAUGAAAACCAAUUCAAUGUCCCGAAUGGUGUGAUUGUCACCACAAAUGCUUAUCAAAGACUUCUUCGCGAAUACAAAGACUUGUCUCAAGAGAUCCAAGAGUUGGAAGAAUCGACUCAAUUGUCAACAAAAGAAUUGAAGACUAAAUGCGAGGAAAUAAUGAUUAGUAUAUCGAGUCAUAAAUUACCGGAAAUUAUACGAAAAGACAUCAAAGAAAAGCUCAAAAAUAAUUUCAAUGAUUUUGAGAGAAAACUCUUUGCCGUCAGAUCUUCCGGUGCUUCGGAGGACUCGGAGGAGAUGUCAGCCGCGGGACAAAUGGAGACAUAUUUGGGAGUCAAAGGUCUGGAAGAGAUCUACUCAUCGGUGAUGAAGUGCUGGUCCUCACAGUUCUCGCACAUCGCCUACGAGUAUAAGAGAGGUUACGGACAGCCUAUCAAUAGUCCGAUGGCUUUCUCGCACAUCGCUGUCGAGUAUAAGAGAGGUUACGGACAGCCUAUCAAUAGUCCGAUGGCUGUCGUCAUACAAGAGAUGGUUGGCUGCGAAUCGGCGGGAGUUCUGUUCACUUGUGAUCCCAUCACCGGUGAUGAGAGGGUUCUCGAGAUUACCGGCAAUUAUGGGUUGGGAGAAUCAGUGGUGUCCGCGUCUUCAGAACCGGAUUCAAUCAAACUGUCCGUUAAUAUUGAGUCCAACUCUCUGUCCACACGAAGACAUAUCACCGGAAUUGUGGAUAAAGUGAUCGGACAGAAGAAGACAUUAAUAAAACUCUUAGAAAAUGGAGGGACUGUUGAGGAGGAGGUUAUCGACAGAAGCAAUUGUUGUGUCAGUGAUCGGGAUUUAUUACGUUUGGGUGAUAUUGGACUUCAGAUUCACAAACACUACGGAAAUGCGAGAGAUAUAGAGUGGGGUCUACUCGGGGGCCAAAUAUUUAUACUUCAGUCGAGACCCGUAACUAAUUUAGACAACUCUUACACCGACUACGAGAUUAUGCAUGAGUUGGACACUCCUCACCAAACAGAGUGUGAGAUCCACUCCCGGGCCCAUUGGGGCGAAAACUUUCCCGGAGCCUCGUCUUGGAUUGUGUUGCAGUGGUUUUGGUCCAAUAAAAGCAGCCCUUUUUUGCGUCAGGGCAUAACUCGGGGCACUGUCUCAGCCGAGGAUUACAAUCCGUUUGUCGAAACAAUGAGCGUUCAGUGCAAUCAAGUGAUGUUUAAUAUGACCAGUAUUGACUACUUUGCGGACUACCCCGAGUCAAAACAUGCCCAACAAAUGGUUUUAUCGAAGUUUGGGCAUCACAUCCACGAUGAAGACCUGUUGAAGUCGUUUAAAGCGAAACGUGUGGAGAGAGCGAGCUCUUCAUUGGUGGGAAAAGUGCGGUCAUUUCCCUUCAUAAUCAAUGUCCUCCUGUUUGGUCCCAAAAAUCUACUGAAAACUAAGAGUCUUUUUAUGGAUGAAAAGAAAUACGAUUUGGUGAACAUUUUGAGACAAUUCUCGAACUCAAAGGCUAUUUAUAACGAGAUUCUCAACAACUAUCACAUUAUAUCCAACACUAGUCUUGAAACCCACGGCCCCGUCUCUAUGGGCUCGUCCCUCAAAAAUGCUAUUCUUAAGUCUACCCUUCAGGGGGCUAUGAAGGAUAACGCAGACCUGGACGCAGACUUCAAUGAAAUGAUCUCUUCGUGUAAUGAUGUGAUCAGCGCUGAAGUGCCCAACAGUUUGAGAGAUAUCGCGAAGUCUAUCAAAGAUAAGCAAACAUUCAAACAAUUG